CCCUACAGCCUCUUCUACAAACCGUCCGUGGGGUUGGUGGUGUCCAGAGAAACCCAGCACAUGGGUGUCCCAUACUAUGUGGAUAAGAGUUUUGAGAAAGAAUACCGUGGUGCUGCUCUGGACGAGCUGGAGAAGACUAUUGAGAACGACUAUAUUGACCACCUACAGAGCAGCUGCUGGAAAGAGAAGCAGCAGAAAUCUGAUCUAGCUAAUCUGGGCCAGCUGUACCGAGACAAGCGGCUGAAGCAGAAGGCAGAGACCAUGAAGCUGGAUCACUGUGAAAAGCUGCACCGCUUCAUGGGCCGACAGAGAGGAGACUGAGGCAGUGUCGCCCUCCAAGACAGCAUGGUCAGCUUAAUCAAAGAGCUUUUAGAAUUGGUUACAUAUUUCAGUUUACUCGGGUGGGUCAUCUUUUUGGGAAGGAGAAAGGAAGAGAUGUGUUAAAGCAGGAACCCAGGCAGAUUUUCUGAGGAGCUUCCAUGAAUGUGCUGAAGUCUGAUGUCCUUUAGCUCAUCUGAUUCAGCUGCCAUGCACAAACUGUGGGUAACUCGUGCGAGCGCCUGGUAGCUUUUUCCUUACAUUAAGGAGCACCGACUCCAGGCUGGCCGACAGAAUUCAAGCUAGUGAUUGUUGUUUUAGUCGCAUUUAAGCUUAUUUGUUAAUAGGAAUUUAACUUAUUCAAUAACAUUUAAUAUCUGAAUUUGUGCUGUGAAUUACAUUCAUCAACAACUUUUAAUAGAAAGCUCCUUUUUUGUUUUUGGAAACAAACGGUUCUCAAAAACAGGGAUAUAAACCACUACAGCUUUUCAAAGCCUUCUAUACAUAGCAAGAAGAUAAAAACCUUAUGUACAGUAAAUUAGUUUUUCAGUCCUUUGUUACAGUGGUGUAUGUUUCAGAAAUUAAAAAGGUAUCAGGCAACUGUUUUAAGCUAGGUAAAAAUUCAGUGCACUGAAAAAAAAGCUUAAUGCCAUUACCUCUGAAUUAAUUUAUCUGCAGUAUUUGAUUUAUAUUUUGGCACUUUAACUUCUUGUGUAUUGCAUGCAUCCAUCCAUGCAUUCUCCUCGCCUUGUUAGUGUCCGAAGGUGUUACUGGCAAAGUUUAAUUUCAAUAAUUAUAACUAGACAAAUAACCGUUACUGAGCAUCUGUUUUGAACUACAGUUAAUGUUUUAACUCUUGUCACUGAACACUAUGUUCUAUAUAUAAUAACAUACUGAUAUUUAGCACAAAUCUGAACCUAAGGGAUGUUUAGAAGUGCUACAGGAGGCGUCCACUCACUCAGGAUGAAAUAGAGGAAGAGUGUAAGAUUUGACGUGGAGAGUUUGUGCCGGUGGUGCUAUUGUAAUCUUGUUUCCACGCAGUGUGCUAAAAGUAACUGCUGGAAGUUUUGUUUGGUUUGAUAUGCGUUUUUUUGCUACUUAAAUAAAAUAUUAAAUCAAACACAGUU